UGACAUUUUAUGUAGGCACCAAACUUGAAAUAAAUUGUUAGUUGGCAAAAUAAAACGUGUAAAACAAGCAUUUUCCCGCCAUGCAGAGCGGAUAUUAAGUAAAAGUUCCCAGUAGCGUAAUAAAGAUGUCAAAAAUUAAAACAUAAUAACUAUUUACCGACGUAACUAAUUAAUGUCUUGGUUUCUACCCAGUAGUUAAGUUUAAAAUUUAACUUCGAGGCUUAACAUAAACCGAACAAAAUAAUGUAGCCUAGCAAUGAAAUAUGAAAGACGGGUCACUUUAGAAAGAAAAUAAAAUUUAAAUAAGGGCAUAGAGCGUGGGUUAUGAAAAAAAAACAUUUUUUUUUGUUUUUGAUUUUUAAAAUUGUAAUAUUUUUUGUGGCAUGAUACAUUAAGAAAGAAGAAAGAAAGAAAUAUCUUAUGAGUAUAUAAUCUAUUAUAAGCAAGUUCAGAAUACUUCCAUUCAAAUCGAUUUUCGUAACAAGAAUGUAAAAUGUAAAUAAAUUAUAUUGUAUACAUUACAUUCUAGUAACUUGCUUCAUACGUCUUCGUUAUGAAAUGUUAAAUAAUACUCACACCACAAUGCAAACUUAAGGACUUCAUUUGCAAAGGAAAACAUAGAGAGAGUAAAGGCGUUUUCCACGAUGGCUGUUAAACUGUCCGAAAGAGCAUAUAAAAAAUGGCUUCAGAAACGAAAACAAACUCUUAUUGCAUUCACACUACAGAAUGUUCUCAUUGGAACGGAAUUCAGCUUAACAUUUUUGACGCUUUGGUUAUAUUUGAAAGAAAUGGUAAAGCCGGAUUACCCGAAAGUAUAUUACAGCGCCAUUUCUUCAUCUUACCUACUAAUAUCUAUGAGCUCGUCCUUGGUUAUCGGACGCCUGAGCGAUCGAUAUCGGAAUGUCAGAAGAACUGCUAUCGUUUUAAAUAUAUUAGCUGCUUUUGGCAAUGUUAUUUAUGCACUUCCAUUUUCACCUUUUUUAUUACUGUUCGGGCGACUUUUAUCUGGGUUUGGUGGUCCGUUACGUUCUGUUAUAAUCGGGGAGCUGGCACGAGUAUACUCCAAUGAGGAAUUACUUUCGAUAUAUUCAGUUAUGGGUAUGGCGUAUUCAAUUGGAUUUGUGUUUGGUCCUGGUAUUAAUUUCGCCUUUAAAUCCGUAAAUGUUGAAAUCGGAGCUUGGAACAUAACAUACCUGAACUUGCCAAGUCUAUUCCUAGCAGUUUUGUUUAUCAUCCAAAUAAUGUUAACUCUAUAUUUUGUGCAUGAUUUGUCGAAAGAAUAUGAUCUAAAAGAGGAAGAUGGGUUAUCAAUUAAGCGUAGCAAUGCUGCUCAAUGCGAUUCACAAGUAACAAUUUCGUAUUUCGAAACAGAAGAUUCUCCUUUAAUUACCAAAAGAUGUAACAAUAUGCCUUCGACGAUUAAUGUUUUGAAGCAACUUUUUUCAAAGUUGCCUACAACUCUUCUUUUAUGUUCUGCAUUCUUUGAGAAUUAUUUUGUUGUCUCUUUUGACAUUUGGUUGCCUUUAUUAGUCGUGGACGUUCUAAAAUGGUCCAUAGUUGAAUUGAACCUUAUUGUGCUUCUCACCGGAGUAAGUUGUAUUGCUUCCUGCAUCAUAUUAAUAUUUAAGACUCCGGUCGACAAAACAAUCUACCUUCUGGCGAUAUUUUCCACUAUUUCGAUUAUUUUUUCUGAAUCUACGUUCAUGGUGUUGUCAUACAUUUCCAAUUGUUUACCUCUAAGUAUCACAUUAUGGAUCAUUUUCGGUAUUUCAUAUUGUUUUUUAAUCGUAACUGAAGAGAUAUUCCUUGUGGGUUGUUUGGCGAAAAUGGUAUCAUCACAUAUUCAAACUUACGUAGAUAGCAUUCGGUUAACUAUGUAUAGACUUGGUGGCCUGGCUGCAUUGGCAACUUCUGCAUUGAUAUUUGAUUAUAUUUUAAUCGUUGGAACAGUUCAUGUUGUGUUGGUAGUCAUUGGAAUAACAUUGUUAAUUUAUGAACGGCACGCGUUGAGAUAUCCCAAAAUAAUUAUAUAUUAAUUAAUAAUUAUUUCUAAUGAAACAUUUUCAUAAACAUUUUCAUGCACUUGCAUCAGUGAGAGAAAAACAAUACCGAAAGUGUUAUGACUUAGAACGAUUUCCUCUCUUCCGGGCUAUUUAUAUCACAGGCGGGACGGGUUUGAAGAGAUCUCUCUUAUAUAAACAGUCCUUCAGAAUACAUAACACGAAUCUUAUUAAAGUUUUUACACUUUUGAUCCUGGAAAAUAAACACUAUAUCAAUAUAGGACUAUGGAUUUUUCAACUUAUUUUAAAUUAUACAUAAUUUAAUUUUGUAUUUUUUGAGCUUUUUGUAGACUUUGAUA